CUAACCCCGCAAAACUCUUUCCUGUUCCGGUCAAUGGUAUCCAUGCAGGCAUGUACUUCUCAACUUGAUGAAGAUUACCAGUUUUAAUCCACAAAAUUUAACAUUGAAAUCAAACCAAUGAUGCCAGAGCUGUUUCUGAUCAAAGUCUCAUCUGCUGCCGAUUAUGAUUGAUUGAAUGUAGUUUGGACAUUAGUUACAGUAAAUAAACAUUUUUGUUUAAUGUUUCAACUGCACAGACGUCAAGGCAACCAAAUGACUUGAAUAAUCAAAAUCAAAAUCAUUGGUGGUCAUCACUUGCGUAGAGGAUAGGAAACCCAGGUUUCCAAUCUUUUGUCCCUUCUGAGUUCUGAUUUUUCCAAUCUGUCAAGGAACCUGCAACGCUGCAAUGCCUAACUCAACCUCUGAAUCAGUUUCUGCUCCUCAUCCACGAAAGCGGCUAUGGCACUUCACUCUUGUUUUGUCAACGAUGGUUCCGGUACUGGCAGUUGUGCUUGCCUACCAGCUUGACUCAUUCGAUCCAGCUCCUAUACCCAUCCACGAAUUGGCUCAGGCCCCCAUCGCUGCCUCGUUGCGCAACGAUCACAUCCUACAAGGAGCAGAAUUCGUGGGUGCAGGGAAGUUGCAGGGACCAGAGGAUAUCGCAUAUGAUUCCAAGUCAAGGGUCAUCUACACGGGUUGUCUAGAUGGGUGGAUCAAGCGAGUCAGGUUGAACGAUUCGACCGUGGAAAAUUUAGUCAACACCAACGGAAGACCUUUAGGAGUCGCUCUUGGACACAAUGAUGAAAUAAUCGUGGCUGAUGCUUUUAAGGGACUGCUGAAUAUAAGCAGAGAUGGUGAGGUGGAGCUGCUAACAGAUGAGGCUGAUGGCCUGAAAUUCAAAAUUACAGACGGUGUAGAUAUAGCAGAUAAUGGUAUGAUAUAUUUUACAGAUGCUUCAUACAAAUAUGACUUGAAUGACCACGUACUGGACAUGCUGGAGGGUAAGCCUCAUGGUCGAUUUAUGAGCUUCGAUCCAGUUACCAGAAAAACCAUAGUGUUGGUCAGCAAUCUCUACUUUGCUAAUGGAGUUGCAGUAUCACCACAUCAAGACUCUGCAAUCUUCUGUGAAUCAUCAAUGAGAAGGUGUAGAAAGUAUUACAUACAGGGCAACCAACAGGGACGGCUGGAGAAAUUUGUUGAUCAAUUACCAGGCUUCCCUGAUAAUAUCAGAUAUGAUGGGGAUGGCCACUAUUGGAUUGGAUUGCCCUUGGAAACUUCGGCUACUCUUGAUUUAGCAUUCAGGUAUCCUUUCAUCCGAAAGGUUAUGGCGAUCAUAGAGAAGUACAUUGGACCACUAUCUAUGGGGAAAAAUGCAGGUGUCUUUGUCGUUGAUUUGGAAGGAAAACCAGUUGCUCACUAUCAUGACCACAAAUUAUCUAUGGUUUCAAGCGGAAUGAAGAUAGAAAAUCGUCUAUACUGUGGCUCUCUCAUCUAUCCCUACAUUAUCAGUCUCAAUCUAGAUCAACAUCCUGCUCGAGCCACAGUGUGAGCAAGAAAUUCUGCAAAGUAGUAUUCUCUGCUGCAAAUUUGCAAAUGGCAGGGACAAAUCGUGGCUUGUACUGUGAAUAUAUGGCUUUCUCUACCUAUCUGUGAAUGGUAAAUACAUUACAGUUAACGAACCAGAGAAUUAAAAUGAGCAACGAGAAAUUUUUAUUUUUCCA